AUGAACACGUCCAUCCCAACAAACGGCCAUGCCUUCUAUCAUCGCCGAAGCACCGUUCGCAACCAAGCAUUCUAUAUAGACUUUGCCGCCUUUCAAGCGGAAGAUGAGCUAUUUAUGGCCCCAACCAACUACUUGAAGGCAAAUUCGGCUACGUUCAACCAACUCCUCGACCUUCAGCUUGGAGCUGACCCUACAGCGGGGCAAAGCGACGAGAACCCCAUCGUGCUUGAUGGCGUAAGUAAGGUUGACUUCGAGCGAUUCCUCGGAGUCGCGGUCGCAGCCAAUUACCAAGGAGAGCCGCCGGUGGCUCUCGGGGUUCCCCAUUGGUUAUCUGUGCUCGGGCUUGCCAGUCUAUGGGGCUUCCAUGACCUUCGACGAAAGACCAUUGAAGUGGUCUCUUCUGGGGGACUGACUACUAUGGAACGGCUUUCCUACGGGCGUUUACUCAAAGUCGAGAAAUGGGGCGCGCAAGAUGCAUCGGCAGUCCGCCAGGCGUUUGCGGCGGAGCUGUACGAGAUUUGUGCGAUUGCUGAUGCCUUGAUGGUUCCCGUACCAGAAACUCGGACGAUCCCCACUCGGGGUCAGAGGCAGAUAGCCGCAGAUAAUCGCACACAUCUCGGAAUCGGAGCUAGACCGCCAGAUAUCUUUGACACCCACCACCCCCGCAUCGACAGGCGGUCUCGGAACUGUGCUCGGGAGCUCAGUGGUUCAGGUCCAGAUCUACGAUUCAUGCCGGCGCGAGUCGUGGAAGUGCAACGUGUAGACGGCUCUGUGACUGAGCUAGCUCUUUUCCAUCGUAACCAAGGCGAUCUUGAACGAAAGGUGAUGCCUCGUAUGUCGCGCAAGCAACACGCUGCAGAAAAGAUGGCAGGAGGCAUGGCCUUCUAG